AUUACAUAGGUAUUUUGAAUGUGAUUGUGAUACGGAUGUUUUUUAUGGCUUUUUAGCUUCUCCUGCAAAUGUAAUGCAACCUCAACCUGUGGGUUGAAGUAGGGGCAGUACAGUAAUGUCACAAUUUGAAUUGUGCCGUUUGGGAGGCAGAGGGGUAAUCCUUAUUUGUCCUCCCGGUCCGCCACUGGCUCCAGUACUUGUGGCAUCAUCAACCUAACUUGCAAGCUCACCCACGCUGUCAUUAUGCUUCAAGUGCAUGUGGAAGUUCUAAAAGAGCCCCGUGGCUUUAUAAAGAUACUGCAGUUUCUUUUGGCGAUCCUGGCAUUUUCCACCACAGUGAGCUUCAGCACCUACUUCACGUUCCACGCCACGGUCCCGAACUGCCAGGGCGGACUGAACGAUGUUGUCAGAAAUACCGUCGAGUAUCCGUUCGCGCUGGACGCGGUGCUCAUCCGUCAGACACUCUGCUCCAGCCCGCCGCAGACCGCCAGCUUCCACUUCCCCACCGACGUGUCGCCCCAGGCCAAGUUUUUCGUGGCGCUCGGAGUCAUCUGCAUGUUGUACGCGGUGCUGGCGCUGGUCGGAUACGUCCUGCUGCACGACAUGUACAUCGGCAGACGCCUGAUCCCCUCUGCGGACUUUGUGCUGCACGCGGCUCUGGCGUUCCUCUGGCUGGUGGCGGCGGCGGCGUGGGCGGCCGGCAUGUCGACGCUGGCCGACGGCUCCGAUCCGGAGCCGGCGCUCUCGCGUCUCUGUGACCAGCUGAUCGGCGUCCAGUGCUCGGUGAACGGAGAUGACCACCGUGGGUCGUUCGGCAAACUGAACGCCUCCCUGUGUUUCGGCUUCCUGAAUAUGUUCGUGUGGGCGGCCAACCUGUGGUUCAUCUUCAAGGAGACGAUGUGGUACCGGGCGCGGCCGGAAAACGCUACCACCGCGGCCCCCGCGCCCUCCGCCAACGCCUAGUGGGGCUCCGGACGGGCUCAGAGAGGCUGUGCUGGCCGGUAGGUGGCGCCUCGCGUCCGCCCGUAGAUCGCCAGUACCUACGUAGGUAGCGCUGCAUGUCUGGCGCGGCGGCGGUCGGCCGCUGGCUGGCUCUGGUGACCGGCCGGCAGAGAUCGCCCCAGUCGCCGCGUCGCGCCAGGUAGCUAGUCCUCUGCUCGUGCCAAGCGAUGGUCCGUGGUGUCUGCAAGGAUUGUACUCAUCAUCAAAACAUCGGCCAUGUUUUCUGGCCACGCGAAUUUAUGCGUAGUUUUUUUUUUGUCUUGUGAAAAUGUUCUGUAAUCUAAUGUGUUCUUCCAGAAGUGCUCUUCCAAUCAAUACUGCCAAAUGCGAGAAAAAUAAUCGUAUAUUAGACUGGGUUCAACAUUGAUCAAUGCCCGAAGCACAAGGAUGGUCUUAAGAGCAAUGCCUGACCAUAAAAUGGCAUGCCAUUCAGCUCUUCAUACGAAUAAUCGCGUACACUUUUCAUCCGAGAUACACGGGCCUGGAUCUUGGGUGGAUGGAGUCGGGCCAUGAAUGGGCAAUUCCAUUGCGCUGCUAAACAUCUGUUAGUCUUUGAAUUUAUUUGAAACCGUUUUCAUACAUCUUAAGACCAGUUAGCUGUUCCGGCCUUGCCUUGUGGGGCAUCAGGCGUAUUUCUGAUGCGAAGGCAUCGCGCGAGUCAGUAACAGUUGCUGAGGUUUCUUGUCGCAGCUCCCGGUUUGGCCAUACGCCUUGCGUAGUGUGCAGAGGCCGGGUGCUGGGUAAAAUGUGGGCCCGAGUGGCUCAGUGAGCGUGGACUGGGCCCAAAAUAACAAAAUUGGCGCGUCAUGAAGCACACAAUAACAGUCGGUGAGGUACACCUCAUAAUCUGCGGCCGGCUGGACGAGUGAUCGGUGUAUCAUGUAACCACUCAGCUUCGCCCCGAUUUGUCGUGAUUGUUUAUAAUUGUUUAGUUAUGUUCGGUGUGAAGGUGAUCUGUCGCGUCGGUCGCGAAAGUGAUGCGGUCGCGAUCGGUGCAAUCGGUCCUAUUAAGUGGCAGCUGCGUCCGCUGUCCGACAGUGUGUUUGCGUGUGUGUCUGUCUGUAUACUCUCUGCGUGCGGAUAAUGCGUGCCGUCUUAAUACUGGUAUUGUUCCGUCCUUUGUGCUUAUUUUGGGUGGACAUCGGCACUUCGAAAUGGCGGCGUCUUGGCUUGGCACAUUCCAUGAGGUGGAUAUUCACGGCCCAAUCACUUAAUGCUAGAGAUGAUUCAUUCCGGUGAAUGCUCGAAGAGAUUAUGGCUUUCCGUAUUGAAAGCAUGCUUUACUUUUAUCACCCAGCUGUUCGCCAUUGUUUAUCGAAGACAUCGCUUUUCAGGUUUUUGAUUGAACAGUUCACCAACUCACGGCUAUUCUUUUUGGGCGUUUUUGUCAUUUUUGAGUCGGCGACUCCAUUCCAUUUUGCAUCACUGGUCCUUCCUUUCCAUCUCCAGCUGUUUCUCCGUCUCGCGUCUUCGUCCGGUUUCCAUACAUUCCUCUCAGUUUGCCGCAUCAUGGCCGUCUUUUCUGACUCGUGUCUGCUGUACCAUAUAGCCUGGUGUAUGCGGCGCAGUAAGUGCCCUUUGGUCUGUAGCAUGGUCUUGUGGCGUGGCCACACCAUGCAGUGCCGGUCCCGAAGGACCUCCACCGAAUUCGUUGUCGAUGCUAAGCCGACGUCAUGGGCCUCUGCCUUCCUUCCAGAGGUGCUGUCAUUAACGUGUGUGUCAUCCCUGUUCGCUUAUCGGGAGGCACCCGUGUUAUUAAGCCGUUCCAGGGUUCAAAUGCUGGUCUUGCCUGGACGAUAGUUAGCCGUGUGCCUUAGAUGGACCAAUCAGACAAAUACAUAUAUCACAUGUG